AUGCACCUCUCCGCGCCGCAGGGGAACAGCUUGAACACGUUCAUUGACCCUGACCAAUACCGCUUCAAACUGAUUACGAUCGACUGCAUUGCCGAUCAUGUUCGCAGAACAGGCCCCUGCGCACUAAUAACCAAGGUGGACCUGGAGCACGCGUUUCGGCUCUGUCCAGUACACCCCGACGACUGGCCAUUGCUUGGCAUGCAAUGGAGAUCGAAGUAUUACUUUGACACAGUCUUGCCGUUCGGCUUGCGGUCCGCCCCUAGCUUGUUUAACCGCCUAGCAGACGCGCUUGAGUGGAUCCUACGCCACAAGUACAGCAUACCCGCACUCGAGCACUACCUCGACGACUUUGUUUCGGUAUCACCACCAGCCACUGUGGUGCCAUCGUCGACAGCCGCAGUCCACAAGGCCACGAUCCUUCAGGUGUUCGACAACCUGGGUGUCCCCACUGCAGUUGGCACCGACAAGGUGGUGGGUCCAUCCACGUGCGUCACCGUGUUGGGCAUCGAGAUUGACUCGGCCACCGGGGAACUCCGCCUUCCCACUGACAAGCUCCGCGCGCUGCAACAUCUGCUGCAGUCAUGGUCUACCCGCCACACCGCCUCACGGCGGGAACUCCAAUCGCUAGUGGGCCACCUGUCUUUCGCAGCAAAGGCUGUUCCUGCUGGACGCACCUUUACCAGACGGCUCUUUGAUGCAUGCACCUCCGCUCACGGUUCAUCGCCCAUCGUCCACCUGAGCAGCGAUGCCCUAGCCGAUAUCCGGUGGUGGCAGGAAUUCCUUCCCGUCUGGAACGGCAAAGCCCUCAUGCGCGACCCAGAGUGGUCUAGGUCACCAGACCUUGAGUUGUUCACGGACGCAUCCGGCCUAGGCUUCGGUGGCUUCUUUCAAGGUUGCUGGUUCGCCGGCGCAUGGUCCGCAACGCAACAGACGCCGCCAUACACCUCCAUCAUGUGGAGGGAGAUGUGGCUGUUAUGGUUCGUCUAUACUCGGCGGACGCCGUUCACACACUCAAACUCAAGACAGUCCAGUCACCUUGAAAACGCAAGCCUUCCUUUCCACAACUCUCCGAGAACUCCCCGAGAGCAACAACCAGUCCCAGGUUAUAUCCCCAAAAGCAGAAGUAUGUGUACCGUAGAACAGAGUUGGCGUGCAAAGAGUAGCAAAGAGUAG